GGUCUAUAUUUUUAGAUUUUACAUGGAAACGUAAACAAUAUGGAGGACACUAUUUUGUGAAAAAAUACAGAAUACAGAAAAAAGUCAAUAAUUGUUAAACCUUUUAGUUUGAACACUGUUAAAUUCCAGCACAUAAAACAUGUCUGCGGAGGAAGCAUAUGCUGAUCAAGCAAAAAAGUUGGUUGAUGAUGUAAUAGAGUCUGCUAUUAAACGACUAGAAACUGGAAUAGCUCUUACAGAAAGAGAAAAGACAUUUGAAUCAAUUAUACAGCAAUCUGAAACAAGUCCAGAAAAUACAUUUGUGAGGGAUGAAAAUUUUGUUGUAGAAAAUAUUAAAUGGCUCACUAUAGGAGAUUAUUCUGUUUCAAAAGCAGAAGAAAAAAUGCAUGAAUAUAUAAAGACAUGGCAGUAUGAUGUCAGCUGGUUAUAUUGUAUAGACUUUCUGGGAGCAGAAGAAUAUGAUUUUGAUUCAAGAUACAGAUUCAGAGUACGAUGGAGCAUACCAACAAGAAGAAAACCAAUACCAAGAGCAACAGCUUCAGUUUAUUUUUCAUUUGUAGUAUCAAAAAUUAAACCUAAGCAUUACCCAGUUGAUACAUACUAUGUUUACGAGACACACAAGUUAGUUCACAAACCAGGACAGUCACGAUUUAGAGAAAAAUGGUUAAAGGAUAUUAUAGAAAACAAAGUGAUGAUGAUGCAGAUGGUGGAGUUCUAAUUCAUUCCAGUCAUGAGAAGUGUCAGUUCUCAAGAUGAUUUAAACAUGAGAUCAGAUAAAUAAAUGUAAUGAACAACAAAACUAAUGUCUGUGAUAAAAUGUAUCAAAUUUUUUUAUCUAUAAAUAAUUCAUGUCAAAAAAUAUUUUUGGAUGUUAUUUUUCUGUAUUUUACUUUAGCUAUUCUUUAAUGUCUGUAUGUAAGAAGGAUAUUUUUUUUUAAAGCAGAGGGUUUUAUUAAAAAAAAACCAAUAUCACUCAAUCAUGAAGGAAGAUAUAUUUGUUGUAUUUAUUGAUAUUUUACUUAUUAAAUUAUUUUAAAAACAA